CAACCAUCAAAACCAACCUCGAGCUUCUCACAACACCAUUCUGAAGAUGAUGCUUAAAAUGACGAAUAUCCGACAGUAGAGGAUGAGAGAUUAAUUAUAGUGAACCAUGGACCCGUCAAAAUUCAGCAGCUGCAUCACGCCCAUCACCUCCGAGGUGCUGGAUGCCAAGCCGAGCUGUCUUGAAUUCGUUCCUCUCAAGCAUAAUCCCAACUCUCAGUUCUUCGUCGUGGGGACAUACACACUAUUGGAAGAUGCAGAGAAACCCAGUACAAAUGAAGGGGAAAUAGAUGAGCAGGGCUCAGCUCCUCGGCCUGCAAAGCCCCAGGAGAAAACCGGCGGUUUGAAACUUUUCAAACUGGAGGAUGGCCAACAGGUACUCGUCCAAGAGCUAUCACACGAAGGGGCCAUCUUUGACCUUCAUUUUCUUCCAGACAGCCCAAUUUUCGCUGUCGUGACCAACACCGGAGAUAUUUCCGUUUUCAAGUUCUUUCAGACUGAACAGAACGUGUACAAGUUCGAGCUCAUUAGCACCCAUCAUCUCGUCGAUGCCCAAAUCACCUAUUUUUCCUGGUACCCAUCCAGGGAAACAGACCCGCCUCUCCUUGCCGCCAACCUGGAAACCGGGGGAGUCCUCAUUGUCAGAUUCAAGGACCGGAGUUUCCGUGAAGUAGAAUUCGUGACGGAUGACCAAAGAGAGUUUCUGGACCUGCACGCUCACACCGAAUCCGCAUGGUGUUGUGCCUGGGUCCCCUCCAAUUCUUCUGAGCCCCCCAGCUCAAGGACACGCCUCUUCACAGGCGGCGAUGACUGUACGCUGCGGCUCUUCAGCAUGUCCACGGCACCCACCCUACCAAACUCGUCCCUAUUCAGUAACAAUCACGAGGACGAGGAUAUCCCAGACAUCUCGACCGCGACGUUGAGGCCGCAUUCUAGCGGCGUCACUUAUAUCCUACCCCUCCCCAUCACCUCUCCAGACGGCGCCUGCAUCCUUCUCACAGGCGGCUACGACGAUUUCAUCCGCGUAUACGCCACCCACGACACGCGCAAGCGGGGGCGCGUCCUCACAGAGCUGAAUCUCGGCGGCGGCGUCUGGCGUCUCCGACUCCUCCAAAACUACUACUACGACUCGUCACGACCAAACCCCUCCUCCCCCGACAACGCUCCCGUGAAGUUCCGCGUGCUGGCAUCCUGUGCGUAUGCCGGGGCGCGUAUUUUAGAGAUCGAGAGAGAUGAGAGCCAGGGCUGGAGUAUCAGGGUCCUGGGAAGAGUCACGGUGCAUCAGAGUAUGUGCUAUGCGAGUGAUGUGCAACCUAUAGCCAUGGACGAGAAGGCCUGGGAUGCGCCGAGGGUCUGUGUCAGUACUAGCUUUUAUGAUAAGUUGUUGUGUAUUUGGAAGUGGGAUCCGGCUCUGGCAGUCGUGGAAGAGGAGAGUAGACCGGAAGGCUGAAAUUUGGAUUGGUUGCAUAGAGUAGGCAAGUCGUGAAUGGAUUGUUGUCCCCCAAAAAGAGACAGAGGUGGUUUCUAUGAGAAUUACUCAUAAUGAGAUGCUGAAGUCAGUAGUAAAAGCAAAAAAUCCGACAGCAAAUUAUAAAGAAGACUUG